AUGAGUCGGCGGCGUGUGUCGGUCAGAAACCUGGGUCCGGUGGACAUUCAGGGCUGGCUUCAGCGCAGGAAAGACAGACAAAGUUUCCUGGGAAGUAAAUGGAAAAAAUACUGGUUUGUGUUGAAGAAGAGUUUUCUGUACUGGUACAUCGACAAGAUGGCUGAAAAAGCAGAAGGAUUCAUCAACCUGUGCGGUUUCACGGUUGAACAGGCCAAACAGUCCAGGAGGAAACAUGCCAUGGCAGCGACUCAUCCACAGGUGGUGACCAUCGUCAUGGCAGCAGAGAACGCCACCGAGAUGAACAAGUGGAUCAGUAAACUAUCAAAAGCUUCCGAGUCAUCUUCUCUUGACGUCCUUCCUCGUCAGCCUGUCUCAUUUACUUCGUCUUCUCCUGUCCCCCGUCCUCCUGUCCUCUCGUCCUCAGAGUGCUACAGCGAGGGCAGCGAUCAGGACGGUGACGAGAGCGAGCUGACCGAACAGGAAACGGUGGAUUCUGAAGACGUCGGCAUGAAGCGUCACUGCGAGUCUCUGUCCUGCACCGAGACGCCAUCGAUCGGGUCUGAACGCACGUGCGGAGACGCCGCCUCAGUGGGAGGAGUCUGGAACAGAAGCAGGAGGAGGGCUUUUUCAGAAGGUCACAAGCAUCUGACCUGGCUCGACCUUCAUAGACCAAAUAUUCAACGUCUGGACCCUCAAAGACCAGACCUUCAACGACCGGACCCUCAAAGACCAGACCUUCAACAACCGGACCCUCAAAGACCAGACCUUCAACGACCGGACCCUCAAAGACCAGACCUUCAACAACUGGAUGUCCCCAAGCCGGACAGAGACAGUGAAGCGGUUUCUCUUCCUCUGAUCUACAUCGGAGAGAUGAUCGAAGAGGAAGCGAGAGGAAACGAGACGCCUCUUGAUGAGAUGGAGAGUCUCUACGUCCACCUGAAGGCGUCCAGCUUGUCUCUGGUGGGACAGUCCAGUCACAGAGACUUCAGAGCCUCGUUCAUCAGACGAUGCAAGAACGACAAGGUCAACGAGAACCUUCACCUGCUCCGGAUCCUCAGCAGCACGUUAAAGGCCAAAGAGGCGGAGCUGAAGGCGAUGGAGCAGAUCCUGACCGAGCCGGCGCUCUCACCGCCCACGUACAGGAAGUGGAAACUCGCUAACCUCGUCCUGCUGCAGGAGAUCAUUCAAUGCAACCAGGCAGCAGGGGGCGCCGCAGGGUCGAUGCCUCCCGAGCGGCUGAGGACGGGUUUCAUGAAUCGUGUUGGAACACGGUGGCCAAAGCAGGAAACUGCAUCCAUUUACACAGGAAACAAACCUGACGCUCCAACUGAACUUUGAACGGUCAUUUAAAAAGGUGCUGUAUGUAAAGGAUGUACAACAGUGACCUCCAGUGGUUGAAAGGUGUAACUGCAGUGACCUCCAGUGGUUGAAAAGUGUAACUGCAACGCUCCCAUUGACUGUUGUUCCUUCUGGUUCAGAGCAGCGUAGAAUUUGGACGAAAUUCCUGAAAAGUUUCAAUGCGUUCCACUUUUUUUUAAACGCUGAACCUGUUUGUUUAGCUUUAGCACGUUAGCAACAUGUGAAGAUGAAACUCUGAAAC